AUGGUCUUGAUUGUCAUUCCUGUGGCCCAAUCAGCAGCAGGGACAGUGGAGAGGUUACUCGCAGGUCAGUGGCACUGGUUUAAAAGGAGAGCGCAGCUGUUUGGUGUCAUUCUGACGAUGGUAGCAGUGCAGGGAGGAGUAACAGGACAAACAGUGGCCAUUUUGGAGUGGGCCAGUGGUGAGAGUGAAUUCAGGCUUUUGCUCAGAAGAGAUGUUGGUUCUGGGUGUCGCUUUGUACUGGGAAUUAUCCGUCGGCGCAAAGUUUGGGAGCGGGGUCAGUAUGAGUGUAGGCAGCGGGAAGUCGAGGGUGCGCCACUCGCUCAUCGUUCUGCACCGCCACCACGUGCCCUCGGCACCGUACCCAACGUAUUGACGUCAUCACGGCGCAGUUUCCAGGGAAACCAGAUAAACAUUCAGUCACCUGAAAGGGUCGGAGCUAUGGCGCCGCCGGGUAGAAGGCAGGACCUGCGCCGGACGAGCUCGGGCGUUGGUUUGCAUCACUGCCCGGGCCGGGACUUCCCGCCCUCGGACCUCAGAUCCUUUUUGAAGGAACCUCUCCCCCUGAAGCUGAGGGAAUUAGAUACCAACCAUUCAUGCGAUGAGGUUUUCAAUUACUAUGAGACCACAACAGGCUCGACACACAACCUCAAGACCAUCGAUGGAAUCCUCGGUCACCCUCGGCACGUAAAGGUUCCAAACCACUGGAGCGUUCAUUACAUGAAGGAUCUGACUGAGAAGCUGAGCCAGCGAGACUGGAAAUCUCCGCUGAGCAUGGCCAACCAGACAAGUGAGAUGAAGGACAAGUACACGGGGCGGCUCCCAUUGUCCAUGGACACCGCCUUCCGGGCAGGACCGCAACCGUUCACCCUGGAGAACCACCUCAGCGACGGACCGUCUAAAAACAUUGUGGCCAGCACAGAGAACCCGGCGCUGGCCGGGAAGGAGUAUUACGUUCGAGAUAAGGACGUUCUUCGCCUCACUGACAUUUACCUCUCGACCACCAACAAAGAUUUCAGAGCCUUUAAAAAGGAGGAGCUGGAAGGAUACCCAAAGAAGGACGUUGCCACCUUCUGGCAGACAGAGGACUACCCGAAGGCCUGGGGUCAUGGGCUGAAGGAGAAUCCCCUACCCAAGGAAGCCCAGCACAUCAUCCGAGACCCCGGGCCGAUGAUCGACCCAACAGUGUUCACCUCCCAAACCAGGAUCCCCCGCCAGCCCAAGCGCCUGCCACCUGUCCCGAACCGGGGCUUCAAGACCCUGUCCCAAGAGUCCUACCAGCCCCCCAACGACGUGAAGCGGACACAAGAUGUCUCCUGCCCCCUGCGGGCACCGUGGGUGGUGACUCAGGAGGCAUCCACCCCAGAGAUCUUGUCCGUUCCCCUGAUGUACAAGACGGAGUAUAUGGCCUACGGAACCAGGCACCCCGUGGUCAUCUGACAAGCCCCAAAGGAACACAGAUCGUCUGUUUUACAUUGGUCAUGAUAUUGGAAUUUUGCAUCUCUGCAUGAGGUCCUUCAGCCCAUCAAUGUUAGCUCUACUUUCUGAUGGAGCUCUACAGUUAACCCAUUUCCCCCUCAUUCCUCCAUCUCCUUCAGUCUUUGCCUUGUCAAGUGUUAAAUUCAGGCUUCUGAAAGUAACUAAUAGAUCUCUUUCCACUUUCUUUCAAGUAUUGUAUAUUUUACCUUACUCCUGAUAUCUCCCUCUGGUCCUUUAGCCACCCUGCCCUCUGUCUACUGAUCGUCUCACCAGUGGCAACAGUCUCUCCUUGUUUAACCUCUACCAGCUCUCCGCAAAACCAAGAAUUUAUCUCAAUUACUGCAAACAUUUGCUUGAAAGAUCUGUGUUCUAACGAGAAUCACAACUUUUUAAAAGAUAAUGUCUUAAUCAGCACAUGAAAAUUCAGUAAUAAAUAAGUUUAUCU